AGAAAGAUGGAGGCCGGAAACACAUACCUUUCACAUGAGAUGCGGAGAAUGUACUAUUACUCUCCAAGACGUCUCUGUAUUGUUAGGUAUAAGUGUGGAUGGUUUACCAUUAAUCGGUCCAACAAAUCUUGAUUGGGCUGAUUUAUGUGAGGAAUUAUUGGGAGCCAGACCACAAGAAGAUGAAAUUAGAGGUAGUGUGGUUAAAUUAAGUUGGCUGGUUCACCAUUUUUCCCAAAUAAAUAAUGACGACGACGAAGAACAAGUACGAAGGUUUGCCCGUGCAUGGAUAUUGAGAUUCAUUGGAGGUGUCUUGUUCGUUGAUAAAAGCAGUAACAAAGUUUCGCUAAGAUACCUUCAAUUUUUACGUGACUUUGAAGAAUGUGGCAGAUAUGCAUGGGGAGCUGCCGUACUUGGUUUUCUAUACAGAGAGAUGUGCAAUGCCACCGAUUAUAAAACUAAAUCAAUCGGAGGUAUGUGCAUCUUACUACAAAUGUGGGCAUGGGAACGAUGUCCAACCUUGGCUCCAAAGAGGACUCCUUCCCAAGUAGAAAAUACACCACUGGGGCAUAGGUGGCUGCGACGUGGAAACCAACAUAUCGGCAAUGAUGAUGUGAGAGUUUUUCGUCGCGAGUUAGAUAUUAUGAAACGUCAUGAGUUUGUGUGGGAGCCGUACCCAUCAACCGUAAUAUCACGGUUGCCUCCCGUUUGUUUAGUCGGAAGUCUCGCGUGUGGAAUAAUCGCCAUGCAUUUAGGGUCGACGCUUAUCCCCGACAAGAAGGCCUAUUGA